AAAGGCAAAGGAAGCCAUCGGGGACAGAAGACACUCCCAUUCUGACUUUCGAGAGCACAGUUCUGUGACACGCUUGCCCUGAGAUCAUGUCUCUUCGCCUUUCCAGCGGAUCCAGGAGGUCCUAUGGCCGCCCCAGCACAGGAUCGCUCAGGGGAGCCAGCUUUGGGGCUGGGAAUGCUUGUGGCGUAGCAGGCAUUGGAAGUGGCUUCUCCUGCGCCUUCGGGGGCAGCUCCACAGGAGGAAACACGGGAGCGGCCAACUCCUGUGCCGGCUUCACUGUGAAUGAGGGAGGUCUCCUGUCCGGCAAUGAGAAGGUCACCAUGCAGAACCUCAAUGACCGCCUGGCCUCCUACCUGGAGAACGUGCAAGCCCUGGAGGAGGCCAACGCUGACCUGGAGCAGAAGAUCAAGGACUGGUACGAAAAGUUUGGACCCGGGUCGUGCCGCGGUCUCGAUCACGAUUACAGUAGAUACUUCCCGAUCAUCGACGAUCUUAAAAACCAGAUCAUCACUUCCACCACCAGCAAUGCCAACGCUGUUCUGCAGAUUGACAAUGCCAGGCUGACAGCCGACGACUUCAGGCUCAAGUAUGAAAAUGAGCUGGCUCUCCACCAGAGCGUAGAGGCUGACGUCAAUGGGCUGCGCAGAGUUCUGGAUGAGAUCACCCUGUGCCGCACUGACCUAGAGAUUCAGUACGAAACCCUGAGUGAGGAGCUGACUUACCUCAAGAAGAACCACAAAGAGGAAAUGCAGGCUCUGCAGUGCGCAGCCGGAGGCAACGUGAACGUGGAGAUGAACGCAGCCCCCGGCGUGGACCUCACGGUCCUGCUGAACAACAUGCGAGCCGAAUACGAGGCUCUGGCUGAGCAGAACCGCAGGGACGCCGAGGCCUGGUUCCAGGAGAAGAGCGCUUCGCUGCAGCAGCAGAUCACCGAGGACGUGGGCGCCACCACCUCAGCCAGGAACGAGCUGACCGAAAUGAAGCGCACGCUGCAAACCCUGGAGAUUGAACUUCAGUCUCUCCUAGCCACGAAACACUCUCUGGAGUGCUCCCUGGCGGAAACCGAGGGCAACUACUGCUCGCAGCUGGCUCAGAUCCAGGCUCAGAUCAGCGCCCUGGAGGAGCAGCUGCACCAGGUGAGGACGGAGACCGAGGGCCAGAAGUUGGAAUAUGAGCAGCUGCUGAACGUCAAGGCGCACCUGGAGAAGGAAAUCGAGACCUACUGCCGCCUCAUAGACGGAGACGAGGGGGCUUGCAAGUCUUCGAGUUACAAGACUAAAGAUUACGGAUCUGGGAACGCCGGAAGUCAAAUCAAAGAUACAGCCAAAGCCAUAGUCGUUAAGAAAGUUCUAGAGGAGGUGGACCAGCGCAGCAAGAUAUUAACCACUAGGCUCCACUCCCUGGAAGAGAAACCUCAAAGCAAUUAACAAAGACCAUAAGCGAAAGAAGAAGAAGAAACGCCGCCGCCGAGAAGACA